GGUUUCAGCCUCAAGCCUUCCAUUUCUUUCCUCUCUUAUGAGGUGCUGAUUUUAAGGUGAGAGAGAGAGAGAGAAGAGAGAGAGAGAGAGAGAGAAAAUCACAUAUUAAACAUAUCAUAUGCGCUUGUCAGAAACCUGGAUUUCUUUGCCUGCUCCUUCCCCUCCUAAUUAUCUUCCUCUGAGCUUCCUCCUUAAGAAACGCCAAAAAAAAGAAAGAAAGAAAAGAAGAAAGAAAGAAAAGUUGAAGCAAAACGACAGUUCUAAAAGUUUCACUCAAAUCCUCUAUUCCUGUCAAUUUCCAAACCUUCUUCUAUUCCUUCAUUUCUUCUCACUACAAGCCAAAUCAGAACAAAUCCCAUUUCUUCAAAACCUUCAAAAAUUUUUUUUUUUUUUGGGGUUAUAUUUCACAAUGAGAGACAUUAUUGUUUCUUGUUUCAGCGAAAACGCCAUAAAUGUGUCUCACCCUUCAUGUUCUAGCUACUCAAACACCAAUUGCAUCUCUCCAAGCCAGAGUCCUUGCGUCCAAAACGCAGUGACUUCAAUCUACAAAAUCAUUCUCUCAAACCAGAACGUUUUCUCGGUGAAAGUCGCUUGGUGCAAAAACAACUCCGUCCAAGGCCUAAGCAUAAACUUGGGCGACGACCCGUUGUCGACCUUGAAGCUGAACAUCAAUUCCCGUUUGUUCAGAAAGAAGAAGGGAACGAAGGCUUUCGAUUCGGGCCACUCGAAGGUAGAGAUUUUCUGGGAUCUCUCCAACGCCAAGUUCGAACAAAAUCCCGAACCCGUCGAGGGGUUUUACGUCGUAAUCGUGUUGGAUUCCGAGAUUGGCCUGGUUUUGGGUGACAUGGCUGACGAAGCUCUGUUGAAAAAGCUCAAAACGAAUUACGUGAACAACAAACCAGUUGGCAUUGCCAGAGCCUCUCUGGUUUCAAGACAAGAGCACUGUUCGGGGAUUAACACGCUUUAUUCGACCAAGGCUAGGUUCUGUGAAACUGGGAUUACUCAUGAGAUUUUGAUCAAAUGCAGCGGCGACAAUGAAGGGCUGAAACAUCCGGUUUUGUCGGUGAGUAUCGAUAAGAAGACUGUGAUUCGUGUGAAGAGGCUGCAGUGGAAUUUUAGAGGGAAUCAGACGAUUUUUGUUGAUGGAUUGCUUGUUGAUCUGCUUUGGGAUGUUCAUGAUUGGUUCUUCAAUAAUCCUGCUUCUUCUUCUUCUUCUUCUUCUUCUGGUUAUGCUGUGUUUAUGUUCAGGACGAGAAGUGGAAUGGACAGCAGGCUUUGGUUGGAGGAGAAAUUGGCUCAGAAAGAGCACGACAGACUUGAGUUCUCUCUCCUGAUCUAUGCAUGUAAGAGCUUGCAAUGA